AUGGCGCGUUCCUCGCGCGGCGGCAGCAGUGGCGAGCGCAGCAUGCCGUACUGGAUGUGCAGCUGCGGAGGGUGGAACUGGGACUGGCGUGCCUCGUGCCUCAGCUGUGGGUAUGCAGCGCCGCCCUGGGCCACGGGGUCAGCUCCCGCGGCGGGGAAGCCCAAGGCCGACAAGGACGGCUGGGUGGACCAGCCGUGGGGGCGCAAAGCCCAGCGGCAGGCCCGCAGCGCUGCAUCGCGAGCGGCAUCCGCCAAGUCGCAGACCUCGGCGUCUGCGGCCAGUGGGGCGCCGAGUGGCGGUGGAGUCACGGCUAUCGAGAGGCUGCAGGCGACGGCCGAGCAGCUGGAGGCGCUGCAGGCUGGGCCGCCCGAGGGCGUGGACGGCAGCUACACCAGCGUCGUGGCCAGCCAGCUGGAGUCGAAGCGGGCAGAGCUGGCCAAGGCCCAGCAGGCAGCAGCGGAGCAGAAGGCCGCCGCCAUGCCGCGGCCGACGCUGCUGCACAAGGAGGCCAACGCCAUCAGCAAGUCGGAGAAGCGGCUCCGCGCAGCCCGCCAGGACCUGGAGCAGAAGCAGGUGGCGCGCGACCUCGCGGAGGCCCAGCUCCAGAAGGCCCAGGAGGAGCUCGCGGAGCGGGACGGCGCGCUGGAGGAGGCCAGCAGGGCGCUCCAGGUCCUCGAAGAAGCCGCCCGAGAGGAAGCGGAGGCGCGGGAGCGCCAGCGGGCAGCUGAAUGGGCAGGAGCCAGCCAGGUCCCAGGGCUCCUCACGCAGCUGGACAAGCUGCCAGAGGCCUGGGCCUCCAGCAACUUCGAGGUCGCGUGGGCAGCCAUCCGCGCCCAGAUGGAGGCGGUGCGAGCGCAGCUCGCUGGGCCCCCCCUGGCUCCCACGCAAGCACCGCGGGCAGAGACCUGCCCCAUGGACGAGAUCAGCAGCGACGACGGCAACGACGGCAACCUCGCGGGCAGCAGCGGCCCCUGGCAGCCCCAGGCCGCAGCGGAGCGCGGCCAAGCCGAGCGGUAUGGCAACGCUUUCGGCGAAUGGCCGCAGGUGGCGCAGGCCUGCAAGCGGGAGCUGGCAGCCGAGGCAGCGGACCUGGCCCCUUUGGCUGCUCGCCCUGCUGGCCACGCAGCUGGGGGCAGGGGCGCAGGAGACCCGCCAGUGCAGGAGAAGGUAGCCCGCCUGCGCGGCGCCCUGGGGCCCAAAGGCGUCAACCUCGGCAUCUUCGCAGCAUUCGGCGGCAACGAGCUCUCCGCGGGCGUGCCCUGGCUGGCGCAGGGCGACUUCAACAUGGAGCCAGGCACGCUGCACGAGUUGGGACGGUCCAGAGUGCAGCGAACUACGUACCUGGGGCUCACCGAGUUCACGUGCGCAGGCCAAGGGGCUGGGCUUGUGUACGUCUGGUCUGCGAGGAUGCGGGACCAGAUGCCCUGGCGCAGGUGCUGGUCCGCCCAGUUCGUUUCCCUGCUGGCGACGCCGCAGCUCGCCGGCCCCGCGAAGAUGGCUGCUCGCCAGUGGAUCCAGGUCGUUGAGUGCACCUUGGAGGGGAUCCACGGCGUCGACGACAGCGACCUGCGUAGGUACCUGGGGCGGGCAGAGGGGCCCAUGGCGGUCCGCGCGCCCCUCGACGCGGCGGUCAAGCACGAGUGCCGCCACGGCCAAGUUGGAGUACUUGAGCGUCUCGAGGCAACGGCAGAGAUGGUGGACCUGCUGCAGCCAGCCGAGCUGCCGCGCAGGAUGUGUGCUGGGGGGUUGGAGGCGGCAGCUGCCAGGCGCGCUUGUGGCGCCGCAGGGAGACGCGGUGCCUCGCCCACCGUAGCAGUGGUGCGGCCCCUGGAGCCGUUCGGCCGGUACCUCGAGUCGGAGCGGUGCAAGGUCGCGGACUCCGAUGACGAGCUCGAGCCCAUGCUCCUCGGGCCUCAGGAGCUGAGCAUAAUGGAUGGGUAUGAUGCUCGGCAGGCCCCCAACCGCCAUGAGAAGCGGAAGCGCAGCAGCGACCCCCUCUGGCUUCGGCCGUUUUUCGAGAACGCCAUCGGUCGGCUGCUCGGACGGCAAGGCAUCGAGCUGGGCGUGAGGGAGCAGCACGUGCGUGGUGCCCACGUCUCCUACAUGCACUGGACGAUGAGUGUCUGCAGGAUUCGCAAGCCAGCUGACGGCAGGCUCAACGGCAAGCUGUACCUCGAUGGCUCGGUGAAGGAUAGCGAAGAGGCCCCUCCUGCGGGCGAGCGACGCCAGGCGCAGGCCGCUACGGCCGAGGUGCGUCCGUUGGCUGGAGCGGCCCUCGGCGUCGGCGCUCCCGCCGAGCGGCCAUGCCUGCAGAGCAGCAGCUCGACGGGGAGCAGCGCGACUACCAUCUCGGCCGCAGCUGUCGUCUUCAGCCUCCUGGGGCACACGCUCAGCUACGCCUGCGCGGGCGCAGGCGAAGACGCCCGGGAGAUCGUGGCCUGCUCCAGGCGCGGGGCCUACAAGGUGCAGGGCAGCCGCGCAG